AUGGCGGAGACGCAGCAGGCGGGCGGUGCUCCGGCUUCGGACGGCCGCGAGACGGCCCUCCUGUGCGCGAACAACUGCGGCUUCUUUGGCAACGCGGCGACCGGCAACCUUUGCUCCAAGUGCUACAAGGAGCAGCAGCAGAUCGGCGUCGCUGCCGUCGGUGGAGCCCCCCCGGUGGACAGCGUCGUGUCCAGCUUCGCGUCGCUGCGGAUCAAGGAGACAGGUGGACCAUGUGCUGCUGCUGCCGCCGCCGGAGUCGGGCGCGACAAGGAGGUGGUGCCGGCCACCGCUACGAAGAGCCGGUGCGAGGCGUGCCGGAAGAAGGUGGGGCUGCUCGGGUUCGCCUGCCGCUGCGGCCGCACCUACUGCGGCAUGCACCGUCACGCCGGCGCUCACGCCUGCGAGUUCGACUACAAGGCUGCCGGCCGCGAGCAGAUCGCGCGUCAGAAUCCCCUCGUUGUACCAUCCAAGCUCGACAGGAUUUGA